CCGGAGCGAGGGGCGGGCUCCCCGGGCCGGGGCCGGCCGAGCCUGGGGCGCCGCUGACUCAGAGGCUCCGGCCGUCGGGGCUGAGCCUGGGCUUUGUUGUUGUGGGAUUUGCCCUGGCAGGUUAUAAAUAGCCCUGCCCUGGCCCCUGCCCCGGUUCCGGCGCCGGGCCGGGGAAGGACGCGCGGGCACGUCCCGGAGCUGUCCCGUGAGCGCCGGAGGGAGGCCUGGCCGCCAGCUGCCCUGCGCUGCCCUGCCGCCUCGGGGAGCCCCGGCGGGGGCUUGACUGACUCUUUACGUGACAAAACAACGCAACUCCGAUCAGCCUCGCUGGAGGCAGCCCCGCAGGAGCACGGAAACUCUCCCACGGGUCGGCGGAGAAGCCGGCUGGGAGCCACCAUGAAGCCGGAACGAGACGCUUUAGAUGAAUACUUUGAAUAUGAAGCAGAGGAGUUUCUUGUCUCAUUGGCCUUGUUGAUUACUGAAGGUCGAACACCAGAACAUUCUGUAAAGGGUAGGACAGAGGGUUUCCACUGCCCUCCAGCACAAUCAAGUCAACCACUAACAACUAAGCAUGAAUGCAGUGACAAACUCGCACAGUGUCGCCAAGCCAGACGAACCAGGUCUGAGGUUAUGCUGCUGUGGAAAAAUAAUAUUCCUAUCAUGGUAGAAGUGAUGCUACUUCCAGACUGUUGCUAUAGUGAUGAAGGCCCCACCACUGAAGGGAAUGAUUUAAAUGAUCCUGCAAUCAAACAAGAUGCAUUGUUAUUAGAGAGGUGGAUUUUGGAACCAGUUCCCCGACAAAGUGGAGAUCGAUUUAUUGAAGAGAAGACCCUCUUAUUGGCUGUCCGCUCUUUUGUUUUCUUUUCUCAGUUAAGUGCUUGGCUAAGUGUUUCGCAUGGUGCUGUUCCACGUAAUAUUCUGUACAGAGUAAGUGCUGCUGAUGUAGACCUGCAGUGGACUUUCUCCCAGACACCAACUGAACAUGUGUUUCCUGUUCCUAAUGUUUCUCACAAUGUGGCCUUGAAAGUCAGCGUCCAGUCUUUGCCAAGACAAUCUAACUAUCCAGUUUUGACUUGUAGUAUUCACACACACCUUGGUUUUUAUGAAAAGAGAAUUCAAGAACAUAACCUACAUCAGCACUGUGACUCCACUGAGGCACAGCAAUGCAGUAUGCCCAGUUCACAGCGCCUGUAUGGGAAACAAACAUGGACAGUAACACCUGAAGGCUUACUUAAUGCAAAAAAAUCCCCUGAAUUUACUGCAUCUGUCAAAAAUUUAAAACUGCAUCCAACAACUGGUCUUGGGUCUGACUUUGGAGCAUCACAGUCUAAAAUUCAGUGCUGUAAUUCCACAGCAGACCAUAAAACACAGAAAAAUGAAAUAUCGAUCAGAACUUUUAAAUCUUUUUCAUUGGUUGAUUCCCAUGUUUCAAAUGGCUCCUGUUUCCGUCAGCCCUUAGGAGAGACUAAUCUUUUUAUAGGUUCUUUACUUCAGGAACGACAGGAAGUUAUUGCAAGGAUUGCCCAGCACUUGGUUCACUGUGACCCAACAACUCCACCCAAAACUGGAUGCCCACUCAGUGUGCAUGAAACCAAUUCAGCUACUUCAAAAAUUUUUCGGAGUACUUACGAAGAUGAAAGCCUGCUGAGAAAAAGCAGGGAAACCUCCACUGUUUCUGUCAGUAUUCCAGAUAUUACUUCAUCAGAAGAUGGCAGUGAAGGCAAAAUGAGAGGAAUGCCAGAGAUCCCAUUGCUUGAUUCCCAUGUUCCAGUGAAUCACAGUUGCCAUCAGCCAGUAGGAGAGAUGACUAAUCCUUUGAUAGGCUCUCUACUCCAGGAGCGACAGGAAGUUAUAGCAAGGAUUGCCCAGCACCUGAUUCACUGUGAUCCAGCUACUUCACACAUUGCUGGGCGUCCAUUCAGUAUGCAUGAAGCCAGUUCAGUUGCUUCAAAAAUGUUUCGAAAUUCAUGUGAAGAGGAAAACUCCUUAAAGAGAAGCAAGGAAACAGCUUCUGUUUCUCUCUCUAAAACUGAUUUAGCUGCAUUAGAAGACCUCAAUAAACUGAAGACCAAAACACUUGAUACUCCUAUUAGUUCUUGUAGACCUGAUGGUGAAUUGAAGGCUUCUCCAAAACCCCAAGCAAGAAGGAAAUUGCUUCUAGCAAAACCUAAUGAAGUUAUCCAAAAUACAUUUCAGCAGACUUUAAAUAAAACUGUCAAUUCACUUACUAGCACGCAUACAACAUGUAUCAAAGAAAAUAAAUCUGAAUUGCCAGAUAAAUUGGAAAUAGUAUUUUCUGGUUAUCCACAUAAAGACCAAGAAACCAGUAAAAGUAUUGCUAAACAGUGUUCUAACAGCAUUGAUGACUGGAUUUGCGCAAAUAAACUAAAAGAGAAAACUAUCAUUAGUGAGAACAGCAACAUAGAGUGUGCUAACAAUCCACAGAUAGAUAGGUUAAAAAUACUUGAAAGUACAAAAAAGGCAACUCUGCAGACAUCUGACAUUUUGCACAAAAAUGACUUCAGGUGCUUAGAUAAAGACUCAAAAAAACCAAAUAUUUAUGAGCAAAAUACUCAACUCGUUAGUAUUGAAAACUAUUUAAAUAAAGACCAUGACAAUGUCAAAUGCAAAAACAAGCAAGAUAAAGUUAAAAAUGAACAUGAUGAGAAUGAAGACCCAACAGAUCAUGAACCUCAAAGCAGUUCUCAGAAGAAACUUGUAGAAGAUUAUUUGAGUAGGUGUGAACGGCUGAAGAAUACAGAUGUGCAGAAGCCAUCAUCCUUCAAACAUUCAAAUAUUUGGCGGAAACACAAUUUUCGCUCUUUAGAUGGGACUUCAACCAAGGCCUUCCAUCCUCGAACUGGAUUACCUCUUCUUUCAAGUCCUGUUCCACAGAGAAAGAUGCAGUCUGGGUGCUUUGAUCUGGAUUCAUCAUUGCUACGAUUAAAAUGCUUCUCCACAAGAAGCCAGCAACAAUGUAUAAACAGAGAGACUGAUCCAGAUGUCUAUGGAAAAUCAUUUCUGAGUUCCAGUGCUCCACCCAUAACAAGUCUUAGUCUUCUAGGAAACUUUGAGGAGUCUGUCUUGAACUAUCGUUUAGACCCUCUAGGCAUUGUUGAUGGUUUUACAGCAGAAGUGGGAGCAAGUGGAGUCUUCUGUCCCACUCACAUGACACUUCCAGUUGAAGUGUCAUUCUACAGUGUUUCAGAUGAUAAUGCGCCCUCCCCCUAUAUGGGUGUGAUUACUUUGGAGUCCCUUGGUAAAAGGGGUUAUCGGGUACCUCCUUCAGGAACAAUACAAGUGACCUUAUUUAACCCCAAUAAGACUGUGGUGAAGAUGUUUGUGGUGAUCUAUGACUUAAGGGAGAUGCCAGCCAAUCAUCAGACAUUCUUACGGCAAAGGACAUUUUCUGUUCCUGUAAGACGAGAAGUCAAGAGAAGUGUCAAUAAAGAAAACAUUCAACAGACUGAAGAAAGACUACUACGCUACCUCAUACAUCUGAGGUUCCAGAGUUCUAAAUCUGGAAAGAUCUACCUCCACAGAGAUGUACGGCUCCUGUUCUCUCGGAAGUCCAUGGAAGUUGAUAGUGGCGCUGCAUAUGAACUCAAAUCGUACACUGAAUCUCCAAUAAACCCUCAAUUCUCACCAAGAUGUUAGCAAAUAAUGAAAAUGGAAGUAUUCAUUUUACUAUUGGAUUGCUGUCUAAGAACAAAGAUUGGCAUAGAAUGCAGUAUAAAAUUCAAUACAUAAAGAAAUUAAAAUAGUGCUCAAGUGAGAGACGAGGCUCAUCUAUGAUCCUGGACCAGUUUUGUAAAAGAUUUCUUGAGUGAGCUUUGUGUAUUACAAGUAGACUGGAAGCAUACUUAUGUCUAAUCUUUUUGUACUGUUUAAAACCACUUCAUUGGAUGUGUUGCAAUAGCAAAAUCCCAAGUUAGUUUAGUGUUUACACCUUUUAUUUUAUUUUUCAGUUAUUUAAUAUUUAAUGUUUCAUUUAAUACUCAAGUGAUGUUCGUCUUUAGUGUUCUAAUGUAGCAUAAAUCCUAUGUAAAAUCAUACUAUGUAUUUUUGGCAUUAAUAAUAUUGAAAUCUGAAAUAUAUACAGAAGUCUUUAAGUCUGGGUGAUGUGUUUUUAAGUGAUAUUCAUUUAAGUUAUUGAAAAUGAGGAUUUGAACUCCCAUAACAUUAUCAUCGUAGGCAAGCAUGUGGAUUUCCUCUUGUUUUUAAUGCUUUAGUUCUUGAUGAUACCUCAUUCUCAUUGCUUUCCACACAGAUUCUAUUAACAUCUCUUUACAAUCAUAAAGCAGAAUGUGUUUUAGCUACUCACUAGUUCAACUCAUUGACCCACAUUGACCCAAUUCAUAUUUUGCUCCCUCUGUUUCUUUUUUUCACUUAAGGGCCACAAUCCCAAGAGCUUUUUUUUGUUCUAGUUAGUAGUAUAAACAUUUCACAUAAAAUUCCUCUCCCAUACCUAAUUUUCUCAAAUUGUGUUUAAAAGGAAAAAAAAAAAAGAUGUAUUGUGCAAACAAAUUAGUAUUUAUAUCCUAAAUAUAUGCGGAAACUAU